AUGGUUGCUUCAGAGAACGAAAAAUUUUUUUAUAAUGACGGAAGUAAAUACACAUUUGAUUUUGAAAAAUUUAUCAAGAAUGAAUUAGGUCUUGGAAAGAAAACCGAUAUUGCAAGAAGACCUAAAGUAAUUUGUCAAGAUUAUCUUAAAGGAGCUUGUACUAGAGAUACAACUUGCAAAUACCAACAUAAGAUCAGAAAAAUUAUCGUAUGCAAACAUUGGUUACGCGGAUUAUGUAUGAAAGGAGAUGAGCGAUGCGAUUACUUGCACGAAUAUAAUUUGUCUAGAAUGCCCAAAUGUGUUUAUUAUACGUUACAUGGAGUUUGUAAUUCACCAAAUUGUAUUUAUUCACAUAAUGAUAUUGACUGUGAGAAAUGCUCGUGGUAUGACCGCGGUUUUUGUAAAAACGGGCCAACAUGUUUUAGGAAACAUGUAAAACAAAUUGCCUGUCAAUUAUACUUGGCCGGAUUUUGUCCUCGCGGUUCUAAUUGUCCUAAUGGACAUCCUAAAGCAGCUUCAAUCCGCGGACAUCACGAUUUAUUUUUACCAAAUAAAGAGAAGUAUAGGAUGAUGAAUUGUGUCAAGGACAAUAUGUCGAAAGUAUUUCGCGCUCAAAAUCGUACAUCUUAUCUUCGAAAAGAUAUUUUCUGCUUUAAUUGCGGAGAAAAAGGACAUUUCGCAAGAAAUUGCAUUUCUUAA